UACAUGAAGGGGACAUAGUGAUGAAGGAUGGGGUUGGAAACCAAUCUUGGGAAAAAAGGGACACUAUGCCACUCUGGCUUGGGUUUCAAAAUAUCUUUGAUAUCUCAAUUCUCCAAGUGGGUGCUUAUGUCUCAUCUUGUCUAACCCACUAUAAUAUGUUGAAUUGCGCAAAAUUUCAAACUCAUUAUUUGGUUUGUUGGUCUUUGAUUAUACACCAAGUAACAAGUAUCUUCCAAAAUGUAUUUCACCAAAGUUUUAAGGUACGAAGUAGUUUUUUUUUUCUUUUUUUUAAAAGUUGUUAUAGUAAAAGUUUUGGAGUAUUUAGUCACUUCCUUUUAGUUACAACAUUCUAACUUUUAAGUUGGUGUCCUAUUAGUUGUGUUAUGCUUGUGAGUAGCUCAAGUGACGACCUAUAUAACUGGGUUGGCUAACUUAAGAUAUAAAUGUUGGUUCAGUAAAUUCAUUCUUCUUUCCUACUAAAAAAAGAACCCUUUUAACUCAUACAUGUAUUCAGUGGUUUGCUUAUUUGCUUUACAGUUUAAUUACUCCUUUUAAGUAUUUAUUUUUAAAGAAAAUAAUAGCGUGUAAAAUUUAAGUUUAUCUCAGUAUUCUUUUUGGGGUGUACAUCUGAGAUUGAUGCAUACCUUAAAUGGUUAGUUUUUCCACAUGUCUUCUCUCUAUUUCUCUCCUCAUACGUCCACUUUAUCAACCCACGUGCACACAUUUACACUCAAUCCUUAACAAAAUGAAUUUUGAUUGUAGACGUGAUAAAAAACGGAGGAAACAUUCUUAAUAAACUGUUGCAACUAAAAAGAAACAAAGUACAUACUAUUUGUAUUUAUUUUGUAUUUAUUCUCUCUCACUUUGGAAUAUCUAUAGUUAGUUAGAUACCUCUACUUUCCUCUCAUAAAUAUCCUCAUCUUCAAGUUCACACAAUCACACAAUCACACAUCAAUGUGAACAAGAUCAACCACAAAUCCAAAUUCAAAUCCAAACUAGAUAUUUUUUUAUAUUAUGAAAAAACCACAAUCAUAUGUUAGGAAAACGACAAAUUACAUUUUGGACAAGUAAGACAAGGAGUACAUUUUAUGGAGUAGUAGUAGUAAUGUUCGUUUAGUGAGGGGGUUGUAGCAUUUAUAUCCACUAAUUAAAAAAGUUAAUCCGGCCCACUACUUUGAACUUUUGAGCCCACGACCACGAGGUUUUUUGGUCCACUAAAUAUUUUAUUGAUGGGUUGGGCCCACUUGAAAAUGACAGUCCACAACAUAACACUUCACACACUCGAAUCACACACAAGUCCACUUUUACAACCCAAAUCUAAAUUAAAAGAAAAAAAGAAAAAAAAAAGAAGAUAAUGCAAGCAUUUGUCCAAGUGUUCUCCUCUCAUGGCACCUCCACCACCGUCUUCACCGUCACCGCCACCGCCACCGCCGUAGUCAAUCCAAUUUCAACACCGCCCAACUUCCUAUCUCCUCCUAGGCCCAAGAUAAGGCCCAAUACUAAAGCCCAAUCAUUUAUCCAAGUGUUCUCCUCUCAUGGCAACUCCACCACCGUGUUCACCACCGUCGCCGCCACGGUCAAUCCAAUUUCAACACCGCUCAACUUCCUAUCUCCUCCCAGGCCCAAGAUAAGGCCCAAUACUAAAGCCCAUAUCACUUGUAAUGCCUCAAUCAAGGGCCCACCACCCGGGUAUGACUUCCGGUCCUCUGAAAUUUUCUCAAAAUCUCGGGCCGUUAUUUCGGAGGCCCACCCGGAACUUCUGGAUUUGGCUGAUAUGGGAAGCUUAGUGUUGAUCAAGAAGCAUCAAUUCGGGCCGGUUCCGUCUUGGCGGGCUGAGUUCAUGGAGCCUGAUGAGAUUUGGUUGGUGGGUACUACCCAUAUUGAUAAGGCCUCUUCUUUGCAUGUUGAUCGGGUUGUUCGGGCUCUUAGGCCCGAUAAUGUCGUCGUUGAGCUCUGCCGCAGUAGAGCUGGGAUUAUGUACUCCUCCAGCAGCACCAGUAGUCAGCCAGAAGAUCAACUGAAGUCCAAUAUGUUUUCCUUAAGUGGUGUUGAAUUUUUCGGCGCAGUUGGCCGUAGCAUAAACUUGGGAGGGCAAACUGCUUUAGCAUUAAGGCUAUUGUUGGCACUCUUCUCAUCCAAAAUUUCUUCAGACGUUGAUCGGCCUUUUGGAGACGAGUUUCGCGCUGCUAGGAUGGUUUCUGAAGAAAUUGGUGCUCAGAUAGUGUUGGGUGAUCGGCCCAUUGAAAUUACUCUCGAGAGGGCAUGGAAUUCACUGAAAGGGGCCGAAAAAUUAAGCUUAGUUGGUUCAGUUCUUCGUGGAAUCACGUCUUCAUCCGAGAUUUCCAAAGACAAUGUGAAGGAGUUGGGUACUGAUGAUGAUAGCCCUUACAAGCUUUAUGAGAAACUUAGCUCUGCAUACCCUUCUCUGGUGCGGCCGCUUAUACUUGAACGUGACACGUAUCUUUCAUGGUCUCUGAAACGGAGCAAAGCCGUGAAUAACAGCAAAAGAGUGGUGGGAGUAAUGGGGAAAGGACACCUGAAUGGAGUGAUAUAUGCGCUUAUUUCCGACCUAGGAGACCUACGCUUUCGCGACUUAGCCGGGAAGAAAUCUGGUACUGCAAAUGUUCCUAAUGCUUGGAUCAGUAAAGUAGUUAAAGAUUUGGUAAGGGAUACAGUUAUUGGGAUUGUUUUAUGGGCAUUAUAUGAGCAACUGAAAUCUGGGUUUUCUGAAUAAGGCUGAUUCUGAAGUUCUGGUUCCAUUUUUUUGUGGUUAUACAUGUUGUGUACAUUUGAUUUGUCUCAUAUUUGAGUUAACCACCCUAUACAUAAGCUCAAGGUUUUGGGAUUGGUAUUUAUUUGUUAUAUGUAUAUAUUUGUAAAUGGAUCGAACUCUUCCGAUUAUUGAGAUAACUUCGGAUUUUCAAUAUAAGCCUAUGCACUCUGUAAUUCUGUGUAAUUCUGUAUACUGUAUGCACUCGUGUUAUUACAAGAAAUGAAAUCAUAAUUGAACUA